GCAGCAGCAGGAGUGGACCAAAAUGCAGGCUUCUAAGGGCGAGCAAGGAGCUGAAGUAUCCGCUACUCAUCCUCCACUGCCACCUCAAAAUUUCGCCUCAGCUGCCCAACAAUAUGUCCACCCGCUAGCGCCUCAGCCAUAUCCUCAACAAGGCGGCCCUCUUCGUCCCACAGAGUGGUCCUCUGGUCUCUGCGCCUGCUGUGCAGAUCCAUCCGUUUGUUGCCUCACAUGCUGGUGCCCCUGCAUCACAUUUGGGCAGAUAGCGGAGAUAGUGGAUGAGGGUUCUUCCUCGUGCUGUGUAAGCGGAGGGAUCUAUGGCGCGCUGCUCUAUUUGACGGGGCUAGCGUGCUGCUAUUCGUGCUUGUACAGAACAAAGAUUAGGGCCAAAUUCAACUUGUCCGAUAUCCCCUGCGCAGAUUGUCUGGUCCAUUGUUGCUGCGAAUCCUGCGCGCUGUGCCAGGAAUAUAGAGAACUCAAACACAGAGGAUUUCAUCCUGCACUGGGUUGGGAAGGGAACCUGCGAAAAGAACAGGAGGGGACGGGGAUUGCCAUGGCAGCACCUGCGUAUCCAGCCAUGGCAAGAUGAUCCCAACGCUCAUGCCUUUUGUGUUUCUGCAUCUCGGAGU